AUGAUCAUAUCAAAAUGUUUACCGGACAUUGUCAAGAAGAUCAAUGAGAGACUUAAUGCUUCGGUUUUGGAACUCAACAAGCUACCCCGGAUUCUUACUAGUAUUCCCGAUGCAAUGGCUGCUUUUUUGCAAAUCGUUGGGUCCUUAAAAGAAACGUUUCAAAAGAUCUUGAUUCGAGGUGAGCUUGAGUAUGAUGAUAAAGAAAUGCAUUGCAAUGCUCGAUUGGCUGAAAUGUUGGAUGAGUUUUCAGAAGAACUCCACAAGAGUGACAAAAUUUCUGAAAAUUUUCUUGUUGAGGAGAUGCUGGUUUUGGAGGAAGCAAAUGGGAUUCGGUUGCCUUUUUUUCUCUCGAACUCGGCGUUUCUGUAUUUGUUAAAGAAGAAAGUGAACGAUGUCUCUGAUUUGCCCAUUAGUUUCUUAAACAAAGUAUGGGGUUAUCUUGAGAUUGUUUGUGCUAGAGUCUUGAUGGAUCAUUGUGGGAAUCAUCCACAACUUCUUCCUUCCAUAAAGAAAGCAUCUUUGAAUGUGAUGUUAAGAAUGAAGGAGAAGUUGGUGGAAAGGGUUUUUGAGAUGAUUGAAAUGGAAAAAGUAACAGAUUACACUUGUGACCCCGAUUUCAUAACUUCUUGGAACAAGCUAAUGGGCAAGCGUGAUGAGUUUUUGAGUGCAAUCACCGAUGAUUAUUCAUUUUCAAUGGAAGGUUGUCCUUUUAUUGGCAUCACACAUCUAGUGAAUGUUCCAGCAACCAAAAGAGAUCAAGCGUUCGACUUGAAAAUGAGGAUGAUGGCUUACUGGAAGAUUGUUUUGGGAAGAAUGGUGGAUGGGAUAGCUCUUGAGCUUCGGUUUGUGAUACAAAAAAUGGUGAAUAGUGAGUUGGAAAAGGAGAUUGUAAAUGAGGUGAUGGUGCGUGGUGGUGGUAUGGAGAAGAUGCUGGAUGAACCUACUUCGGUGGCCUCAAAGAGGGAGAGGCUCCAAAAGAGUAUCGGUUUGCUCCAGGAGUCGAAACAAAUAAUCCAGCAAGUCAUGGAUGGUAUUUGA